CUAAGUCGAAUGUAGUCGCUUGUUUGGUUGUUCUGCAAGGUAUGGUAUGUCAGCUGUGGUAGAUAUCGCUUUUGACAGGUAUAAACGAUAGCUGUACGCGGUGAACGUGCACCGCUGCCCGCCAAAUAAGCCUAGCGAUCGUCUGAGUCAAGCGGCAUUACAACAUCAUGGCUUCCUUCGCAGCUCUCAUGUCUCAAACCAACAACCAAGAGCACCGUCCCGAACUGUACGAAGAAGUGCGACUUCAGAGGACUUCGCGGGAGCGCGAGAAGUAUGACAACAUGGCUGAUUUGUAUGCUGUAAUCAACACGCUGCAAUGCUUAGAGAAGGCCUACAUUAAAGACUGCGUGACGCCAAAAGAAUACACUGCGGCUUGUUCAAAACUGCUGGUCCAGUACAAGGCAGCGUUCAAGCAAGUGCAAGGACCAGAGUUCUCUACGGUUGAAGCCUUCAUGGCUGCCUUUCGGCUGGACUGUCCUGCUGCCAUGGAACGAAUCCGUGAGGACAGGCCGAUUACCAUCAAAGACGACAAAGGGAACACAAGCAAAUGCAUUGCUGAUAUUGUGUCGCUGUUCAUCACAAUUAUUGAUAAGUUACGCCUGGAGAUCAAAUCUAUGGAUGAGCUGCAACCAGACUUGAGAGAGUUGAGUGAGACCAUGAGCCGGCUCAGCCUCAUACCAGCCAACUUUGAAGGCAAAGCCAAAGUAGAUGAAUGGCUGCAGACCAUGUCUUUGAUGGCCGCUUCGGAUGAGCUGAAUGAGAGCCAAGUGCGCCAACUCAUCUUUGACUUGGAAUCUUCGUACAAUGCCUUCAACAGGAUCCUUCACAACUCUACGUGACUGUCAUAUAGCAAGAGAGCAAUAAAUGUAAUCAUGCUUUGUUUCAUGAAA